GGCUCUUUAUUUUCUUUUUGGUUGUUGACUAGACACACUGAAUACUGGGACUGCAGCCGCGACGAGACGGCGACCUUGACGUCGUCGAUUUUCAAUUACCGUUUUGAGAAUGGCCGACGCUAUCAUGCCUUCCGUGAUGGCGAGUACUGGUGUCCGAAUGACGAAAGCGCUACCGAACAACUCGACCUCGGUCACCAUAUCUAUUUGCUGCUGCUCGAUAACAGACUGUUUCUUGCGCCCAUUACACCCGAACCACAGAGAGUGCUGGAUAUCGGCACGGGCACGGGAAUUUGGGCAAUUGAUUUUGCUGACUCGUGGCCCACCGCUCAGGUCAUCGGUACUGAUCUUUCACCUAUACAGCCCAACUGUGUUCCUCCCAACGUCCAGUUCGAGAUCGACGACGCUGCUGAUGAGUGGACGUUCCCCAAAGAAUCUUUCGACUUCAUACAUGUCCGCGGUCUCUUUGGUAGUCUUCGUGACUGGCCUGCUUUCUACCGCCAAGUGCUUGCCCACCUCAAACCCGGCGGAUAUUUCGAACAGAUGGAAUGCUCUGUCUACUGCCACGCCGAUGAUGGUACAAGCCCUCCAGAAUCUCCGCUUGUGCGCUGGGGUGAGCUCUUUAACGAGGCUGGCAUCAGAACGGGCAAAACUGUUAACGUAAUUGAUCACCAAUAUCAAUGGCUGAAGGACGCCGGCUUCGAAGACGUAAAAGAACACCGCUUCAAGAUGCCGGAUGGUCCAUGGCCAUCAGCAAAGACGGAGCAAGGAAAGAAGCUGAAACAGAUAGGCAGCUUGAGAUUGCUAGAGGUCGAAGCCGGAAUGGAAGGCUGGUCAAUGGCGCUGUUCACAAGGGUAUUAGGCAUGUCCUAUGAAGAAGUGCAGCUGUUUCUAAUGGAGAUGAGAAGGGCUUGGAGGGAUAAGCGGGAGCAUGGUUACACCCGCGUCGGUGUCGUCUACGGAAGGAAACCCUCCAGGUGA